GCUGUUCUGCACCACCACCACCGCUCUUCUCUGCAUUUCUUUCUGCUAUUUAUGCUGCCUGUUGUGGACGACAAGCAACCAGGAGAGAGAGCCGACUAGCCGUGACAGACCUUUUCUUCCGCCAAGUGUCCAAUACUAGGAUGUCCAUCGUCCCCUCCCUCAGCUCUACAUCCCGCCGCGCCCUCCUCCAGCUCCCCCGUGCCGUCACCCAACGAACGCUACACCUCUCAUUCCCCCUAAAAGCAGACGACAAAGCCCUCUCCUUCUCCUCCCAAUCCUCCCGGCUCACCCGAGGGCCCCACGCCCAAACAGGCUGGACCCAGCCCACGCAAAGCAUCUUCCCCCCUCUACCCGGUAGUGUCCGGCUUGCCCCUACAUCCCCAUCUCCCUCCUCUCCCAGUUCAACACCUAGCAACCUCCACUUCCCCGCCAGCGUCCCAGAAGAACAACGCGAGCGCGGCUGGGACUUUAUCCAACACCUCUUACGGCACACUUCCAAACCAGGUCAAGUCAAGCAAACCCCCGCCUCUACCUGGGAAACCCGUUCUCUCCGAUUUCUAGAGCGGUUUGAUCCUGAACGUGUGCCGGGCCCGUAUUCGGGUAGACGCGUGCCAGUGGAAGGAGGGGAUGUAGCGCGCGCGUAUGGGAGGUUGAACACUCUUACCAUUGGGGGGAGUAUUAAGGCCUGGUGGUUGAGGGAUCAGAGGUUCGUACCGCGGAGCGUGGAGCGGUAUAGGUUGAGGAGUGCGAGGCACAGGCGGAGGUUUGCCCAGAAUGCUAACGACACGCCUGCCACCAAUGUAGACGUGCCGUCCAGCACCAAUACCCAAUCAAAGCCAACAUGGGAGGAACUCAAAGCCGCCGCGCACGCGCAGAUCGACCAAUCCGACCUCGACCACUGGCAUUCCCACGGCUACGUCCUCAUCCCUUUCCUCACUCCCUCCGAGGUUGCAGACUGCCUUGCCGAGUUCGGGCAGUAUAUGCCCACAUGGGAGGAGUACGUUCUCCGGAAGCCGAUGUUCACCCGCCUCUUGGGCGGCGGGCCCCCGCGUGGGUGGGUAAGGCACGACUUCCCCUACUCGAGCACGGCGCUCAACCGCGUUGCUCUCCAUCCGUACCUUGUCGCUUUCGCCGAGCGCCUAACAGGGAGUACUGACCUGCAGCUCUCCCACGACGCUAUCGUUGGCAAGUAUGCCGGGAACGACUAUGAUCAAGAGCUGCAUCAGGACUAUACGAACAACACCCUCGUCGUCCCUCGCGCUGGGACGGCAAGCAUCGACAUCCCAAUGAUCGUCUACUAUACGGAUGUGACCCUUGAUCUGGGGCCGUCUGUCGUCGUCCCUUCGGAGCAUACGCGGCAUCUUUCGCCUAACGGAAGGCGGUUCUAUUCGCGCGAAGAGUUUCCGGAGAUAUACGAGCAUGAGCUCCCGGCCACUGUGCGGGCUGGCUCGGUGCUUGUAUACACCAUGCGAACGUUUCACCGGGGGAGCAAGAUGCUCGCUAUGGAAGGAUGCAGGUUCUCCCAGUUCGUCGCUUUCCAUACCGCGGGCACGCCUUGGUUUGGGAGUCAUUGUUUUCAGUUAUCAGGCGGGAAGCCGGAGAUGGAUAAGUUCGUUACCCAUGCUUCACCCAGAGAACGGGAGAUGACGCGGGGUGGCACUGAGGUAUCCGGAGAUGGAUGA